UACUCAUUGCAAUUUGUACUGCAACUGAAAAGAACUCUAGAAUAGCGAAACAAAUGAAUAGUUUCUUUUUGACGCCGUAUGUCUUGAAAAAUGCCCCAGCUAACAAACUUUCUGUAAGAUUUUCUUCGGAAGAAGUGGACUUAGGUAACAAGAUACCAGCCUACUCUGCUUCUAUCCCGCCAUACAUACACUAUCCCGCGGAACCGGGUGAAUUGUAUACUUUAAUGAUGGUCGAUGUUGACAUGCCUUGCGCAGGCGCACCUAUCGAUGCUCAAUUCGUCCACGCCUUAAUAGUCAACAUCCAAGGCAACAACCUUGCUAACGCCGACUAUCUGACUUGCUACUACCCGCUCGCACCAUAUCCGGGGUCCGGAUUCCAUAGAUAUGUGAUCGUCCUCUACAAGCAAACUAAGAAAAUCGAUGUUACUACACCAGAAAUGCAAAACAGGCACAAGAACCUCACCAAUUUCAGCAUGAACGACUUCGCAUCGAGGUAUGGACUCGGAGAUGCUGUGGCCGCCAACUUCUUCAUGUCGCAAACCAUAGAGUGUGACAAUGAGCAAUAUACUUAUAAACAAUGUAUGUUGUAAAUGAUUGUAACGAAAAAGUUUAAAACCAGUA